GUUUGAUGCUGCCUCACUCCAGUGCGAGUCAAUAAAACUUUGUGCACCAACAGACACAACUUCCAGCACCCGCCAGCUGGGCCAAAAUGGGGAUUAGCACAGCUGCCUUUCUCUUUCUUUUCUUGCUCAGCUCAGUGAAAGGAGAUAUACUGGAUGACUAUUCAAGAACAGAUGGUGUUUGGAUACUUACACGAAAAAAACAGUUUUAUGAGACAAAUAAUGAAAAAGAAUGUGCAGACAAAUGUGAAGCUGAAAGAAAUUUCACCUGCAGGGCUUUCCUAUUCACCAGGAAAAAGCUACAGUGUUUAACACUGGCUGAAAAUGCUAAAAUGACAGUGACAUUCGCCAGCGCAGACACAGUUCUUUAUGAGAAGAUAAUUUACCUUAUGCAGUGUAAAAGAGGGAUUGGGACAGACUACAGAGGAACAGAAGCCAAGACUCAGAGGGGUAUUCCAUGCCAGAAGUGGGCAGAAAAAAUACCCCACAAACCAAAUUAUACACCUGAAAAACACCCCAGUGCAGGGUUGGAAGAAAAUUACUGCAGAAACCCUGAUGCAGAUGAAAGUGGACCCUGGUGUUACACAACAGAUCCUGCUGUGAGAUUUGAUUACUGUGCCAUCCCAGAGUGUGAGAACCAGGUCAUGCACACUGGAGAAGGACCUGAGGGGGAGUGCAUGCAGUGUAACGGCGAGGAUUACCGCGGAGAAGUUUCCAGAACAGAGUCUGGACUGGAGUGCCAGCGCUGGGAUGUCCAAGAGCCUCAUAUGCAUGGAUUUAUCCUGAAACACUAUCCAGAAAAGGACCUGAAGAUGAAUUAUUGCCGCAAUCCUGAUGGUGAACUUCGGCCCUGGUGUUUCACUACCAACCCGAAUAAACGCUGGGAAUAUUGCAACAUUCCUCAUUGCACUACACCCCCAGCAGUCUCUGGCCGAGACUCCCAGUGUCUUUCAGGGAGAGGUGAAGACUAUCGAGGAAGGAUAGCCAUCACCGAAUCGGGCAAUGCCUGCCAACCCUGGAACACACAGUUUCCUCACAAGCAUGGCUGGACUCCUGAGAGAUAUCCCUGCAAGGGCUUAGAAGAAAACUACUGUAGAAACCCUGAUGGAGAGAAGAAGCCUUGGUGCUACACCACCAACAGCAACAUUAGAUGGGAAUAUUGCACAAUUCCUCCCUGUGACAGAACAGAACAAGAGAUUGCUGAUGUGCCUGUACUAGUACCCCUAACAGAGGAGUGCUACCGAGACAAAGGCCAGAGUUAUCGUGGCACAACUUCAGUCACUGCCUCGGGAAAGAAGUGCCAGGCCUGGAGCUCCAUGUUCCCACACAGGCACAUAAAAACCCCGGACAGAUUCCCGGACGCGGAUUUGAGGGACAACUAUUGUAGAAACCCAGAUGGUGACAGCAGCCCGUGGUGUUUCACCACUGACCCCAACACGAUAUGGGAGUACUGCAACCUCAAGAGGUGUGAUGAUCAUACACAAGAGCCUGCAUCAAAUGCCUCACCUGGAAUGAUGGAACACAACAUUGGCUCAUCUACCUCCACCACAUCUGGCUGAAGUUGGAGGAUCCCUGGUCUGCCAAGAGAAGAACAAAUUUGUCCAAAAUGGAGUCACUUCUUGGGGACUGGACUGUACCCAGCCAUCAAAGCCUGGUUUUGUCCAAAUUCCUGGUUUUGUUUCUUGGAUCAAGAAUGCAGUAGCUUCCCACUGAAUGUGGGUGCAGGCUAAUUUUUCUGGAAAGCAGUCCCUGUGUCAGAAACAACAUUCCAAGUAUGGGUCUAUGACUAGUUUUAAAAAUUAUGUAAUAAUUCAUAGGAAUUCAUCCUCAAUAAAUACCACUACUGGUUUAGUGUAAGUAGCCAUUGCAAAGCAGAAGCCAAGCUGACCAAUUGUUACUGUCUGUCAGAUUAUCUGUGUUGUACCUGGGUGAGUCAACCGUGGUGGCAUGUCACAGCAGCUCCUACUUCACCCCUGUUACACCCCAAAUAUUUAAUCCAGGAAUUAAAUUGAAGGUUCCUUUACACUAGUUAGCACAAAGAGAAAUCCCAACUAGAUAUUCUCAAGAGGUGAAAAUCACACAAAAGCUUACUGGCAAAAACAUAGAAAAUAAAGGGACUUUGACAAAAGGAUUAAAUAUGACACCAUAUUCACCUAUCAUAGCAUUACUUAGCAUUAAUUUAGUACUUAGCAUUUAUUUAGCCCAUUUCACCUAGAAACCUUUAAACCUAUGAGAUCUUACAUUGCCCACAAAGUUUCAUGAAAAGAGAAUUAGGAUAAGAAAGAGACAGAGACAGAGAAAGACAGAAGAGAUUUAGAACACACGUAGAGCUAGCACCUCCUAGGAUUCCAUUGUGGGUAAGACAGGAGCUCCAGGAAGCUGGCAGGGUCAAGACCAUGUGCUGCCCUUGUGCUCCAUCUGUUAAGCCUCCUUGGGCCUUUCCCCUAAUGAGAGAUUCCAGUCACUUGGCAGUUCAGGGGCUGGGUCAGCACCAUCCCCCCAUGUCAGUGAUUGAUUGAUUGAUUGAUUGAUUGACAGCUCUGCCAGGGCUGAGGGGGUCUGGGGGCAGGGCAGGGCACCACCUCACCUAGCAGCACAUAAGCAAGCAUUUCAAGCACCCCAAAAAGUGGCUCAGAACACUAAACUUAUCCAGUCUCUGACAAGGAUCCUGCAUCUCAAGACAUGAACCAGGACCACUGCAGUGGGACCUUUCCUCUUUUGGUCUAAUAAGGGUCCCAUCUAGCAGGCAGAGUAGAAAGGAAAGAAGAGGAAAGCAUAUUGAAACUCAUAUAAUGGGCAAUUGCUAUAACAAUAAAACCUAAU